AUGGAGUUGGAGUAUUUCCCGAUCAAGAACCUCACCACUUACACCUCAAACUGGACCAUUAAGGCCAGGAUCCUGGAGAAGGCUCCCCUCAGACAGAUAAAGGGCGACAACCACCUCAUGCACAUAGACGUCGUCGACAAGCAUGGCGACAGCAUCAGGGUGAAGUUCUGGGGCAAAGCUGCAACGAAAUGGGACGAGGUAUUGCAGAAGGGGAAGGUGUACACCUUCUCAAAGGGAACGGUGGAGCUGUCUAACAAAAGGUUCAACACCACGCCGCACAACUACGAAAUCACGUGCCACCAGGAGAGCAUCAUAGAAUCCGUGGAGGACGCGGGCGACAUUAAGCUCCAGCGCGACCACAAGCUGCUCACCCUCCGAGACAUCAAGACUAUGCCCAACGUCACUCAGGCGCCAGUCGACCUGCUCUGCAUCGUCAACGCCGUGCAGCCGGCGGCGAACGUCACCACCAAGGCCGGGAAGGAAAUCUCGAAACGCGUUGUGAUGCUGGUUGACGACACCGGAUACGAGAUGGAGCUGACGCUCUGGGCCGAACACGCGAACAACGAGGCAGUCGAGCAGAUGGAGGGGAAGGCCGUAAUUGCGGAGAAGGUCAUCAUCAGGGAGUGGCAGGGCGCCAGAAGCUGUCAAACCUUGUCGUCGUCAGAGGUCCAACUGGCUACGCAGGACAACAUCAGGGACCAUACCAGAUUAUCGCAGCUGCAAAAAUGGUUCGAGGACGCGAAGGCCAAAAACGAGACCUUCAAGACCAUGCGGCCCCAAGCUGUCAGUGCCAGGGACCAGUACGAGCUGGCCGACAUGGUAACGGUGGCCGAUAAGACCAAGGGCGGGUACAUUGUUAAGGGCAAAUUGCGGAAAAUAUUCUGGAAGAACAAGGACGGCGUGGCCAAAAUGUGGUACCAGGCGUGCCCCAUGUGCACCAAAAAGGUCAUCAUGGACGGUGAUGACAACAGGUACAAGUGUAUAUCCUGUGGAGACGCCACUGUGGUGCCUGUGCCCAGGUACAUGUUCUACUGCAACUUCACGGACCACACCGGCAGGCUGACAGCGCAAAUCGCGACCGACAUCGGCGAGAAGCUGCUCGGCAAGACGGCGAAAGAGUUGGAGGAAAUGGACCCCGACAAGCUGAAGCGAUUCUGCGAUUUUGAAGCGACGCACCGAGAUUACAAGGUCAGCGGGUACAUCAAAACAAGGGUCUACAACGGCGAGACCAAGCACAACUUCACCGUCACACGCGUGGAACCGUUGGACUAUGCGGCCGAGGCUGCGCUUAUGCUGGAAAACAUGCGCAUCACUUAUGACGACGUCCUCAAAUUCCUGGAUAUCAAAACGGACGAAAGGGACUCCAAGAAGGCGAGAGUUUAA